AUGACGGAUGAUGGGCUGAUAAGAGCCGACUCAGGAGGGUCGUCAGCAUCAGCUCUCUCCACUGGUCUUCAAGAUGAAGACGUUGACUUCAUCGACCUAGACUACUAUGAUAGACAGUCUCGGUCUUCCAACUCGGCUUCCAAAAGCACAGUCUCCAGCGUCCCUUCCAGUCAGAUAAGCGACAUUGUCAGAAGUGUCGAUCCGGUCUGCCGAAACGCCAUUUCAGCUUGUAUGAUCGACCCAUUUGGAACGUUGCCCAUAGAGGUCGAUGGCGUCACCAACCAACUACUUCAUUUCUAUGGCCAGCAAAGCUAUUGGCAGACAGCCUAUGCAUUGUCACCCAGUGUCAAGGUCAGCAUGAAAGGAUCUUGGGAAUACCAGGCUGGGAUAUCAACUACCCACUUUCACAUUCUCAUGGCUCGCUCAGCCUUGCAUCAACUCAGGAUGAACCGAUGGGCCGCCGGCACUACCCUCAGACAUCUACAAUUCGCAGCUGCAAAGCAUCAAGCUGAAGCAAUAACAAUUCUGAGAGAAAAUGUCGCUCAGGGUACGGAUGCAAACGUGAAAGAGAUACUCACAUCGGUGAUUAGUCUAGCUACGUUCGAGCAGCGGUAUGGAAGUCGUGAGAAGGCACUCAUGCAUUUCAAAGCCGCUCGAGACCUCUUCAAACAGAUCGGUAUAGGUGACGGACUCGAUGAUCGCCUGCGAGAGGAACAAGCCCUCUGGUUUGAAGGGAUCUAUGCAGACCCCGGCGCCAGCUUCAUGUGGAGCACAGAGGAUGCCACCGAACGCCUAAGCUGGUUGACCAGUCUUAUAGACGAAGUGGAUCGUAUCUGGAAAGAUCAACAACUGUUACCCAUUAACUCGAGGAGCGCCUUUGUCCCGUUGGAAAGUCGACUGCGAGAAUUCAUCUCCCGAGACACUGCUGGAAGGAUCAUUGGCGCAUACGGAGAUAUAAACGAGGCUGCUCUACAAAUAAGAUGUCUCCUGAUCCUAGUGUCUGUUAUCGCCAACCUCCACGUUCAGUUUGGCGGCAAAAAACACACGCCAGGCGCGCCGAAACUUCAAGUUGUCGUGACGGCCGCCCGAGGCUACGCAAGCUGGAUCGAGGACAUGCUAAUCAAAAAUAAACUGGGUGAGGACCAAGCGAUUGCUGACGUGCUCUGGAUCAUGCUGCAAAACUUCCGCGAUAUGGAACCUCGCAUGACCGCCGGACUGGCACAACAGGCAUUGAACCGGCUGAAUAUGCAACACGUUCACUGGCACGCCUGUGGUAUUGCCAAUAUCGUCAAAUACAUGCCCGAACAUCGACGUAUACUGUUACGGGACUGGCUACUUGCUUUUGUCGGUGGGAAACGAUAUACUGGGAAGCUCAAGUUGAAUGACUUCAUCUUCAGCUAUACCGAUUUUACCGAUUUCAGCGGGAGCAAGAUCUAA